AUGAGGUUCACAUUAUAUGAUUUCACCACCUCCCUCUUUGUUCUGGCCACCAGCUCCAUCUUCUCCAUCAUCACACAAACCGCUCUGAUCACUGUCUCCAUCGUUAGUAUAGCCGCCUCUCCACGUGCCACCUCCGUUGCCUCCAGUUUCCCUCCUGCCCGUCGCUCGACCUCCUCGACCUCCAGCGUCAGUCAUCUUAACGCUGUCAUUAUCAAGCUUCCGAGAAAGUGGGCAGACAGUAGACCGGAACCUCGCUGA